UAAAAUCUCUCUCUCUCUCUCUCUGUAGAGUUUCAACGAGCCAUUCCUUCCGUUUCUCCUUCUGAAACUCCUGAAACCCUAAUUCAUUUCCAAGUUCCGAUCGCAGGGAUCGUCCAUUAAUUAUAGAGAGGGCGUUAAGGGUUGCUGUUUCUGUUUCUGGUUCUUGAUUUUUGGGGAUUUGAAUUCGUCCCUUGAACUCACUUGUAGGGGUUAGAGAAUUGUUUUAUGGCAUUUGAAUGCCAAGAGGGUAGUCACAUUUCUGAGAGUUCGUCGGAAUUUGUUGUCGAUUCUUUGGAAGAGCGCAUUGAUUCGAAGGAGCAGUUGGGUAAUUCGGCGGAGAACUAUAGUGCGGAGCACUUGGAAAGUAAAGUGUUCGACUCGGAAACAGCUGUAGAGAAAGCUGGGAAAUCGGAAUGCGUGUUGGAAUUUAAAUCCAAGAAAGGAAAUACUAGCUCGUGCGAUAGAAAAGAGGUGCCGUCUCAUGGGGUCGUGUCGUGUUUUCCUCGGUCGUUCGCCGACCUUCCUCCGGCUUUAGUGUCUGAAAUCCUCAACUGUCUUGACCCGAAAGAGUUGGGCAUUGUUUCCUGCGUGUCUACGCUUUUCCAGAGGCUCGCCUCCGAGCAUCAUGCUUGGAAGGAAUUUUACUGUGAGCGCUGGGGCCUACCAGUUGCCCUGGCAUCGUUGGGCUCGGGAUGUUCCGAUGAAAAGUCAUGGAGGGAGCUAUUUGUGGAGAGGGAUUUUAGGAGUAGGACAUUCAUGGGACGUUAUAACAUUGAGGUUUUGUAUGGUCACACCGAAGCUGUACGGACAGUUUUCCUUUUGGCUUCUGCAAAGCUUUUAUUCACAGCAGGUUAUGAUACAACGGUUAAAAUGUGGGACUUGGAAGAAGGGUUGUCUAUAUCGUCGUCUAGGCCUCUUGGUUGUACGAUGAGAGCAGUCGCUGCUGAUACGAAACUGUUGGUUGCCGGGGGCACUGAUGGCUUUAUUCAUGGUUGGAGGGCUAUUGAGGGAAUUCCACACUUGUUUGACCUGAGGGGUCAUCAGAGUCAAAACAGUGAAUUUCGGCUUUGGGAGCAUGUAGGAGCUGUUACGUCCCUUGCUUUGGAUCUUUCAAAGAUUUAUAGUGGUUCAUGGGACAUGACCGUGCUCAUAUGGGAUCGUGCUUCGCUGAAAUGCUCAAGGGUCCUGAGGCAUAGUGAUUGGAUCUGGGGACUUGUCCCCCAUGAUACCACCGUCGCCACAUCAUCAGGUUCAGAUGUUUAUAUUUGGGACAUAAACAGUGGGACUUUGAUGACUGUCAUUCAGAAUGCGCACAUUGGUAAUGCUUAUUCGUUGGCUAGAAGCCAUACAGGAGAUUUCCUUUUCACUGGUGGGGAAGAUGGAGCCAUACACAUGUUUGAGAUCGGUCACCUCAUGGAACAUGAUUUCACCCAUGUUGCUUCUUGGAUUCCUCAUUCAGGGCCUGUAUAUGCACUUGCAUUUGAGUUUCCCUGGCUUGUUUCAGCUUCUGCUGAUGGACAGCUUGCACUGAUUGAUGUGAGAAAGUUGCUGAGAACUAAGAAAAGUACUUCUGGAAAGAAGAUUUUGAAGACUGGUAGUAUCGACCGGACCGAAGUAGAGCCACCUCAGAGGAUGCUCCACGGGUUUUCUAGCGAUCUGUUCUCAGUGGACAUUGGUGCAGAUCGCAUUGUGUGCGGCGGAGAGGAAGGAGUUGUUAGAAUUUGGAACUUCUCGCAAGCUCUGGAAAUCGAACGGAGGGCCCGUACUCUUAGAGGAAUCCGACUGGAAAACAGGAUGCGGCGGCGUAAGCUUCAAAUAGAGAUGAACAGGAAGGGUGGUCGGACCGAUCAAUGUUCCGUCGCAGCCAACGGUGACAGGAAUGGCGUGUGGCAUAGCAAACGAGGGAUGAGCGGCAAGCUGAAGGCAUGAUGAAGGACUGACGGCCCCUUCAGCUUAAUUGUUUGCUUAAUAGUCUGACGAUUUGCCUCAUAAGCUUUGAGUUUCCGUGAAAGCGGAUUCUGUACAAUUACUUCCAUUAGUUAUAGCAAUCAAUACUUCAUCUUUGACGUCAGUUUCCCGAUUCUGAUUCCCUUAUAUUCUCUUGCCGGCACGUCGGCCUGCGAUUCCCAGAUCAUUGUCUGAUUGAAAAUGGUGAUUAUAUGUGAUCUUCUUAUGUGUUGGGUCUA